CGGGUGUCUGACGCCGGCCGCACGUGCGUUCCUAAAAUAAACCCGUGUCGCGAGUGUUGUGAAACCGGAACGUAUAACGGACUUCAACACGGCGAGGUUUAAAUUCGGAAUGACGUUCGAACAAAACCUUAUUCAACAUCCGAAAAUUUAAAAAACAAAGGCAAAGUUUCGGUAUUCGAAAUCUAUCCAAAAUAUUUAAUCUACAUUUACUUCGGCUGCGACUGAAUUAAUUCCAUUGCCUUUUUAAAAAAAUGUUGCGUUAUUGGCUAUGCUUUGCUAGUGCUCUGUGUUUGGCGGGUCAUUGUGGGGCGAAUUAUUGUAGAGAUUCCAAUCUCUGCUGCCCGGGCCGUGAUAGUUCAUGUGUAGUGCAGAAGGCGCAUCAAAAUGCCAUUAUAGAAGAUUUGACGGACAAACCUUGUUAUUGCGAUCACGCUUGUUUGAAGCUCGGCGACUGCUGUCCAGAUUUCCGGGAAACCUGCGGAGUAAUAGACUGCAUCGUCUCUGGUUGGGGUCCAUGGUCGGAUUGCGACACCAGCUGCGGCUCAGGCAGCAUGGUGAGGAGUCGGAGGGUGGUGCAGGCGCCAGCCCACGGUGGCAGGCACUGUCCAUCCCUGAUACAGAGGAGAGCGUGCCAGGAACACCACGGAUGUUCUGCAGACAGCGAUAUCCCAUUGAGAGAUGAGACAGCCAUGAUCUUGCCGGGUAGCCUGUCAGUCAGCAGACACUCCAACGAGACGGUGGACAUCCGCAAGAACCUCCGGCUGAGGAACCCUGAUGAUCCUGAGUCCAAUGCCCACAGAGAGUACUGCGUCCAGUUCGAGGUGGCCAAGGUAUCCAAAGCUUGCCACGCCGACUCAGACUACAAAGCUCUUCGGGAGGGAUCCACAGUCUGCCUUCUCUGCGAAGCUGCGGCCCUGAGGCGUGACCUAAAAUGGCGGUGUUCCGGGCACGGCGUUCCCGGUCACACGACGCGGUUUUACGCGCUGGUGGCGCCGCACUGCCACGGCAAAUGGAUACGGUCCGAACGCAUUAUGGACAAGAAGUCGGCGUGUUGUGCCAACCCUGACUUCAUUUUCGUUUAAAUUCAAAUUUAGAAAUGGAAUGAAUUUUUAGUCUUUUUUUUUAUUCAGCCGUGGUAUGUAGGUGAUGUUUGUUUUGUAAAAGUUUGAAGUAGAUUCUUAGUUUGAAUAUUAUUUUUUUCUUUUUUGUGACAUUUACGAGCUGCCAUCUGUUAUGUAGUUAAUAUUUCUUUCAUUUUUCUUAAAUUUUCAUAGACUCUUCUAUUUAGGUAUGAGGUUUUUUGUUAAAUAACAUUUUUUCUUUAAAUAUCAUCAAUAUGCAUUUAGCUAAUUGCAUUUAUUAUUUAUGCAUUUAUGAGCACAGUAAAACAAGCUCACAACACUUAAAUUUUUAAAUUUUAUAGGCUACAUAUUUUGUAUUUCUGUUUAUUAUUCUGUGUGUAAAUAAUAAUAUCGACUUAAACAUUGUUUUUUACGCAAACUACCUUAAAUUACAGAAUACCCAUUUUCUGACUAACUUACAUUAAAAUCAUUAUAUAUUCAAGUUAACCAACUGCUAACUUAAAAUUUUACUUAAUUUUUAUUUUAAUAAUUCAACAUUUAAGGAACAAUAUUAAAUUAACGAUAUCUUUAAGUAUUAGUGUAAUUUUUAUAAUAAAUAUGUAAAACCGAUUAUGAUAACAAUAGUGUGUGAAUACAUAUCCAAUCAACGACUAAUAUAUGUAAAUAAAAGGUUAA